GCAAUUAACUCUGUUGAAACCGUUUCGGCGCGCCGAAGUGCGACUUAAGCUUAUAUGUUGAUGAACUUCUUUAUUGGUCGGGUCGCAGAAUGAUAUUAGACGAAUACUUGCAAGGAGACUUAACACCUAGAAGGUUACCUUCUUCUUGGGUAACGACUCAUAAGUAUGUUUUUCAAUCAGAUGAUGGAAGUCUAUCAGUCUUGGAUACAACCACAAACUUAGUAAAAGUAUUGGUGACAAAUCACACCCUUCGCCAACUAAAUGUUCGAGGAUAUUUAUGUUCCAACAAUCUUAAAUAUGUAUUGUUCACGCACAAUGUAAAAAAAAAUUUUCAGAAAUCAUUUACCGCAUUUUAUACUAUUUAUGAUGUAAACAAUGAUCACCACACGCCAGUAAAAUUAAAAGACUCAUUAAAGGUACAAAGAACUCGUCUUCAGUAUGCGGCUUGGCUUGGCAAUACGACUGCAAUUAUAUUUGUAGUGAAAAAUGAUAUUUUUAUCCGACAAUCACCUUUAGUGGAGGAAGAUAUAAGAAUAACCUCAUCGGGACAUGAAAACCAAAUAUAUAAUGGCGUUCCUGAUUGGCUUUACCAAGAUGGUUCACAGCGAUGUUAAGGACAGGUAUGUG